AUGGCGCCUUUUUCUGGUGAUGGUGUAUUAUGGCUAUGUCUAGGCAUAUCCCUUUUCUUCGCCGUACGCGGCAUCGCUACAGAUCUCCGUCAAGUUGUUGAUCUGACGGAGAUCAAACAUGUCGAUCGGGAAGACAAGAUCAUCAGCGAGGGGACGGAGGAUGCUCUCAAGUUAGACACCCUCCUGAAGCUUUCCUCGAGUACAAGCCAUGACCUACGUGCUGCAGCUCUCCGCAUCAUUGCCGAACGAUCAACGAAGGGCGACACACGCGAUAUUCUUCUAGAGGAUCUAUCAAGCAAGAAUAAAGCACGACAAGGUCGAGCGCUAACUGCGCUCCAUUUCCUGGUCUCGAAUCGAGCCUUAUCUCGAACUUCAGUCUGCAGUCGGCUUCGUGAUCUUCCUGCAUACACAGCCAUCAUCAACUGUCUCUGCAACUUUCUAGAAGAGCAUACUGAGGUGACGUAUCCCACCACUUCACCCGUUCUUGCUAGGACUCGACCUCUCGGCGAGAAGAAAGCACUACAGAUCCUCAACACCCUGCUCCCCGAAAAUAUUCCCGCGGCAUUAGAAGCCGGAAUCGUGACUCGAUGGCUUACCAAAUACCCAUUCCCAUGUGCCUUGGACGAGCCGCCACGGCGACAGGAUGUGGAGAGUCUCUUAAAAACAUGGUGGUCCGAUGACACACUCAUGAGCUCCAUAUUCCAUAACUUGACCACACAUUCCGAAGGAAUAAAGCAAUUACGAAAGCAUGGGUUGAUGGGUAGCCUGAUUGAAGAAGAGAAUGAGCAAGAUUAUGGCGACGAUGACGAUGACGGUGAUGUAUGGAUGGUUGAUGGAGAAGAUACAGCUGGCUCUUACCGAGGAUCCUCAUCACGCAGGCCCCGAGAAAGCAACGCGGAUGAGCAAGCUCUUCGUCGACGGCGAAGAGAAGCUAUGGUUCUAAGUGAAGGGGGUCGACCGCUUGGAAGAGACGAUAUUAUCCAGCGACCACUUUAG